GGAAGUCAAUGCUCUGUGCGGGGCGGAAGUGAAUCCUGCACGUUGUAUGUAAACUAAAGGACUUGUAGUGGUGGAAGUAUUGAAAGUAAUUGCAUUGAUACAGAGACUUGGAAUGCUGCCUCGUCCAAAACCAGGGGACUCUGAAGAUGAUUUGCUUCGAUACCAGGAGCAGUUCCUGGCUUCAGGGUCUGAACCAGCUGUCCGUAUUAUACGCAAAGUUGACAAGCGCAAAGGAGAAACCGAGUCCUCGGAGGGACUGAAUGAACAACGGAAUAGAGAUGUUGUCUCCAUUCAAGGAUUCCCAGAAGAGCCUCCACCACUGAACUCUGUACCACCAAAAAAGUCCCGCUUCAAGACACAAAAUGUGCGGUUUGAAGAUGAAGAUCCAGAAGAACGGAUAAAUUGUCAUGACAAGCAUGUCACUGUUGUUCUGUCUAAAAUCAUUGAGCGUGACACAAGUGCUGUUCCUGUAACUUUCCCAGCAUUUACUGGAGCUGCAUUUCCCAAAGCCUGUCAUAGAUCAGAGGUGCAAGGGCAGAUACCUUCUCCUUUGGGCAGAAAGAGUAUAUUUGCACAGAAAAUGAUGCUACAAAAAGCUAAAGAAAAUGGCAUGCUAGCCAAAGAAGCAUCACAGUCUGCCAUGGAAAGAAUACCCACUAGAGCAUCAGAUGAUGUGGAGAUGAAAAUGCAGAUACAUCAGCAUCCUGAUCCUACAUCAGGACUUAUUUCAGGGGAUGGUCUUGGUAAGCCAGAUAGUGCGUCAGAGGUGAAGCAGAUUCAAUGGGAGAAUGAGCAACGACUAAAGAGCAUGUCAGAGGUUGAGAUUCUGGAAGAACAGAGAAAGCUGAUCUCACAGCUUGAUCCUAGGCUGGUGGCUUUUGUGAAGUCCAAGAUAUCUUCAGCCUCUUUGACAAACACAGAUUUAGAAAUGAGUAGAUCGGAUAAGCAAAGCUCAGAGAAUGAAGAAAUUAUGGAAUUGGAGACAACGGCAGUAAUGGAGGAUGAAAGCAGCGACCAAGACUUAUGUCCUCCAAUAACAGUUGACGAGUUGCCUGUAAAACCCAAAGAAGGUUGGGUUCACAUGGACAAAUUAGAACCAGAAAAACUUGAAUGGCUCAGGGACCUCCCUCCAUCACGAAAAAAGGGGACAAAGAAGGCAAUGCAGGCUCGUUUUGAUUUCUCUGGAUCAUUGAUCCCACCAACUGCUGACCUGCCAACACAUCUUGGACUGCACCACCAUGGAGAAGAGCCAGAGCUUGCUGGCUAUUCACUGCAGGAGCUCUUCCACCUUUCUCGCAGUAAGGUGACUCAACAGCGCACACUGGCUUUUAAUACUCUGGCACGUGUCUUGCAUAAGGUACAUCUUGGAGAAUUAGCAUCUAUGGUGAAGGGUAGAAUCAUAUCCACUCUUCUGGAUGCUGGUCUUUUGUUCCUGCUUCGCUUUGCUUUGGAUGACAAUGUGGAAGUUGUAAUUGCAGGUGCAGUUCGAGCUCUUUGGGCACUGCUGGUUGUCCCUAAUGAUGAGGAAUGUCUUGACCGAACAUUCUCUUGGCUUCAUGGAAUGUUCACAUUUCCCUUAUUGCCAAUGGAAGAGUCUGAUGAUGAAGAAGAGGAUGAGGUAGAUGAAGAUGGCAAAAAGGAGACAGUGGAGGAAAAGGAGGCUAGAAAGCAAGAUCAUGAGGUGGCCCAGGCAGAUAUCAUCAAGGGCCUUUUGAAAAUGAAGUUGCUGCCUAGGCUGAGGUAUAUUUUAGAAGUUGUUCGCCCGGGCCCCAGAGUGGUUCAGGACGUGCUGGAAAUCUUAAUUAGGAUCUGUCGCCAUUCAGCUGCUGCUGCUAGCCAGGUAUUGGAUUGUCCUCGGCUUAUGGGAACAAUAAUAUCAGAAUUUCUCCCCUGUUCAUGGACAUCCCCUUCAAUGUCAGGACAUAGACCCACAUUGGAAAGGCCACAUGGCUUGCCUGUUGCAGCAGCAAUGAAGCUGAUAAGAGUGCUGGCCAGUACUGGGAGGCAUGCCUGUGCUAGGCUGCUGAACAACUACAAGAUCAGAGCACGUUUGUUACGCUUUAUUGCAGUGGAGCCAGAAGAUCUGCUUUUAGAAGCUUGUGAGGCAAAGAAACUGAGCCUUGAAGCUUUGAGGAUGUGGUGUGUUGCAGCUGGAUAUGGACAGGCUUGUGAUUUGUAUAGGGAUAUGUAUCCUGUCCUCAUAAGAAUGCUUCAGUCUAUUCCACAGCUGAUGUCUAAAGAGACAUCUUUGGAGCCUUUCUCGAACCUUACUCUUCAGAGAACAGAGACUCUGUUGUUAUUGCUCACAACAGUCACACAAACUGCUGGUUCUACAGAGGAAUUAAAGGCUAACCAGAUGGGUGACUCUGAAAGUGCCCUCCCGCCUCCUCCUCCUCUGGACUGGAGUCAAGUGGCUGGACUGCAACCCUUCAUUAAAGCAUCCCUGAAAACCUGUCUGCGGUGGCUAGCAGAACCCAGUCACUGGGAAAAUGUACACAUGUUGGCAGCAGCUCACUUGGUCUACCUGGGGUCCUUCUAUUCACAGCUGUAUGUGCAGAGCACUUUCUGCCCAGUGGAUACCCUCCAGGAGAUAGAGGCUUUAACUUCAGAGGUCCUGCUUCCUCUUACAGGUCAUCAAACUGUACUAAAUAUGAUCGAUCAUCUUAGGCAGUUUUCUGCACUCUGUGCCCCAACCUCUUGUGCUGCUAGUCGAGAGAUUAUACAUGGUCUUCCAGGCUUUGGCUGCAGUGAAGGAAUAAAUGUUGGCAACCUUUCAGAUGCAAAAUCCCCAUUUCCCUUUCUGAUGGGUCUAUUCUAUGUCCUUGAUUCUAUCACUAAUGUGCAUAAAGGACUUGCUUGCAAGUUUUUUAAUGUACUUGUUGCUCCACGACUUCUGGAUUAUCUUUGUUCAAGCUGCUCAGCAUUGCCCAGUUUUUCUCUGUCCAGUGCAUGGUUAUUUCGACAUGAAUAUCAUCUUCAGUAUCUUUUGCUGAAGCUUGCUUUUAAACAGAUGCCAUUAAAGACAGAGGUAUCACAGCAGAUAACAGUUUACCACAAAAUCGCUAUGGCAAUGCUGCCUCGACUGUUGCCUGGCAGUGAAUAUCAAGCACAUGAACUUUUGUCUACUAUGAUUUUUAACCCCAGUUUCAUCCCUGAGGGACGCUGUGGUGGCCCAGAAGCAGUAGAUCUUUCACAGCUGCUUCGCCUUAGAGAUGGGGACCAGUGCUCUUUAUUUACCGAGUCCACGACAGGCACUUUGUUACGGGAGGCCUAUGCCAAUCUUGCAUCUCUACGAGGAUGUUACUUGACUCACCUGGCUCACUUGGAACCAAGUGUCUUACGAUCUAGAGAUAUUUAUCUAGGCCAUACGCCCUUUGUGUGUUCCCAAAUGCUGUCUGAGCUCACAGGACCAGUUGUUCCUUCUGAUUGGGCUUUUCUUCCUCUUGUAUGCCUAUAUGAACAAACUACAAAGGAGGAGUCAAGCGGAAGAACUGUGGAGUCAGUAUCAGUUACCUCCACGGAAGCAGUCACACACUGUCUACAGUGGCUUCUGAUCUUGGAGACCUGGCAUGAGGAUGCUUUGAAGUCUGUUCCUCCUGCUGCAAAGUUUUGUCGCCUUGCCUGCAUCUUCCUCUCAGGCAGUGAUCUGUUUCGGGAGCGUCCUGUGCAGCGCUUCCUUUGGGCUUUGCUCCUUGCUCUGUGUAGACCAACUCAGUUAAAUGCUCUAGAUUUAACAGUGCCUCCUCCUGGUCUGGCCUCAUUUCAUGACUUCUAUUCGUCCCUGCUUGUGCAGUUUGAAGCAGUUUCUUUUGGUGAUCCCCUCUUUGGUUGUUUUCUACUUGUUCCACUCCAGCGCCAUUACAGUACAGAACUGAAACUUGCUGUAUUUGGAGAGCACAUUGGCCUUUUGCGCUCUUUGGGUGUGAGUCUUGCACAGUUGCCCAUUCCAUUGGAAAGGUUCACUUCUCCUCCUGAAGAUUCUCUGCCCCUACUGCGGUCAUACUUCCGGGCACUAGUAACAGGAUCCUUACGACUUGCAUGGUGUCCAGUCUUAUAUGCUGUUGCCGUUGCUCAUGUGAACGCCUUCAUCUUUUCACAAGACACAAAAAACGAGGAAAUCGACAUGGAAAGAAAAAGCUUGCUGAGGAAGACAUACUUUCUGACAGAUGAGGUUUUGAAGAAUCAUCUUCUUCUCUUCAAGAUGCCCAGAGCAGACAUCAAGCUUGGUUUUGAAAUGUUUGAGAAGCUCCCCCCUAUUAGAGAUAAGAGACUAAAUGCUGUCCUUAGGAAGGAGAAUGGCACUGAUUAAGGGUGGGAGUUGUUCAAGUACUAGGGAGGCACCAUGAAAAGUGAAAUAAGUAGGCAGUGAGCACUUUUUCUUUGGACUCAUAUCUUUGUGAUGUACUUGCUCUUUUGGCUGAUAUUUUUUCCAUCUUAAAAAUGUAAGCAAGAUAUAAACAUAAUAUAUUUUGUUUAGUGAAGUUAGUAAACAGAUCCGUGAUCAAAAAUAAACUCUUACCUACC